AUGUGGGAAGGUCGACCAAUCGACAGUAUCAACGGUUGGCCGAUAUUUGAGAAUGGUGCAAGUAGCACUGGAAUUUCCAUGUCCACAUCGAUGGUAAUGAAUUGCAGCUCACCGAAAUUGUCCAGCAAAGAAAAUCAUACGAAUUCAUUACAACAUCCACGAUACAGUGAGCGUAAUAAGGUAUCCCACUUAUCGGAUGAAAUGUCAGACCAGGUAAUAUCAUGCAACUCAUUGAUAGUUUAG